CAUCUGAUUAUUUUCAUCGACUCGACUCGACUGCCAUUUAGGGAUUUCUCGUAUCCUGGUCGUAUAAUUGCCACUCGUGAUUUCUUUAGAAGAAACAUUUGGAGGAAGAAGGAUCGAUGGUUGUAAGAAUCAUAUUUUCCAGCCUUACCGACCAAUCCCGUAGCAAAUAGUUAUUUUCAAGAAACUAGCUGUGUUGUGGUUGAUGAAUGAUGAUGUCGGAACAAGGUAGAAGCAGUGGGUUUUUGGAACUCAAGGGCUACUGCUUACAACUCUUUCAACUCCUCAGAAACCCUAACAACAAAGGCAGUACAUCCACUAUCUCUCAGCUUCUUCACUUUAUUCGCCGCUCUCCUCUUCCUGCUCUCCAACCUUUCUUCGACUAUACUUUGUUACCACUGCUGCUUCUUUUGGAAGCUGCAGUGGACUGCAGAUCUCCACCAAAGGAUGAGUUUAAAGAGAGAUCUGUAUUCACGAGUGCUACAGAAAAACCUCCUAAAGUGGGUGAUGCUGUGGCAGAAGGCGUGCUUCAUUGUUUGGAGGAACUUCUAAUGAAGUGUCAUGUAGGAUCUGUGGAUCAGAUGGUUGUGAUACUAAAAAAAUUGACUAAUGCGGCAUUGCUCUCUCCAUCUGAGGCAGCAGAAGAGUUUCGUGAAGGAGUUAUCAGGUGCUUUAAGGCACUGCUUCUCGGGUUAUGUUUGUGCUCCAACACCUCUUGCACUUGCAAGCAAAUAAAUAGCCUGUCUAUGGUUUUAGACAAAAGGUAUGCAGGAUCAUUACUUAGAGAACUCCCAGCACAUGAGCUGAAUCCCGAGGAAUGUUUACUUGCAUUCCUUCGAUCUCAAUCUGCAACUAUUACUGUUGGACACUGGCUGUCGCUUCUGCUAAAAGCUGCAGAUGUUGAGGCAUCACGGGGACAUAUAGGCAGUUCUAAGCUUCGAAUAGAAGCCUUCAUGACUCUUCGUGUGCUUGUUGCUAAGGUUGGUACAGCCGAUCAACUGGCUUUCUUUUUACCUGGUGUUGUUAGUCAGAUUGGAAAAGUGUUGCACGUGUCAAAAACAAUGAUUAGCGGGGCUGCUGGAAGUAUGGAGGCCAUGGACCAAGCACUUAGAGGUUUGGCGGAGUUUCUCAUGAUAGUUCUUCAGGAUGAGGCAAAUACAUCCAGUCUUGAUGACAAUGACAUCGAUUUAAAUACGAACAAGUCUCCACUAUCAUUUCUGGAGGAGCUCCGCCACUUGCCUGGAAUAAAGCAAGAUCAGGGUGAAAUUAUAGCAACAAAAUCAAUCCAAAAGGUGAUUGGCAACACUUCGUCACAAUCUGGCUUUAUAGGGAAUGAACCCACUAAAUCUGAUGUUCCAAAAUCUUUGCAUGUGGACCGCACAAAAGAUUGGAUUGCAACAGCAUCUUCUCAUGUGAAUAAAUUGUUGUCUGCAACUUUUCCUGAUCUCUGUGUUCAUCCAGCCAAGAGGGUGAGACAAGGGACCAUGGCUGCUAUACAGGGACUCUUGUCAACAUGCAGUCACACACUGAAAGGAAGCAGACUAAUGCUUCUGGAAUGUGUAUGUGCUUUAGUUUCUGAUGAUGAUGAAGAGGUGUCAGCAGCUGCUCAGAUGCUUCUUGGAAAUUUAUUAUCAUCAAGUGGGAAGCAUCAUGUAGAACGUGAUCUAGCUGAUAUUUUUAACAGGCUCUUUGAAAAGCUCCCUGAAGUGGUGGUCGGAGGGGAGAAAGCAGUUGCACAUUCUCAAAAGUUACUUGUAUUAAUUUAUUACUCUGGUCCCCAACUUGUUAAAGAUCAUCUUCUCCAAUCUCCUGUGACAGCAGCUCGAUUCUUUGAUAAUCUUUCCCUUUGUUUGAGCCAGAAUUCAGUAUUUUCUGGUUCAUUGGACAAGCUGCUUUUGGAGAGGCCAUCCUCGGUUGGGUACCUGCGUUCUAUAACUGAGAUGAAAGCUACCGCUUUCUUUGCAAACAAGAAGGUGGACGCUGUCGAGUCUAAUGCUUAUGAAGAUCCCUACUCUUGUGAAAUACAAAAUGAAUAUGAUCUUCCACGUAUGCCACCUUGGUUUGCUUCUUCUGGCAAUCAGAAACUUUACCAGGCAUUGUCAGGGAUCAUUAGACUUGUUAGCCUGUCUCUUGUUGCAGGUUCUCAAAGUGAGGGAAGUUUAUCGAUUAUCAAAGAUAUUCCACUCAGCUACUUGCGUAAAUUGAUUGGUGAUAUCCGAAACAAGGAAUACACAAAAGAGAACUGGCAGUCUUGGUAUAACAAGACUAAUUCAGGGAAGCUAGUAAGACAAGCUAGUACUGCUGUAUGCAUCUUGAAUGAGAUGAUAUUUGGUUUAUCAGAUCAAGCUGUUGACGAUUUAAAAAGGCGGUUUCAUAAAUCCAGCUCGAGUAGAGAGGGUACAGAAGAUGAUGACCCAGGACCUCGUAAUAAAAUUCAAGAUGAUGUGACUAAUGUAUCUGGGUGGAACAUAUCGUUAGAGGAUCUAAGGAGUCAGUUAAUUGAUUGCGUUGGCAGUAUAUUGCAUGAGUAUCUAUCGUCUGAAGUGUGGAAUCUUCCGUUGGAGCAAUCCAGUGCAGGAGCUGGAGAUGUUACUGUGCACUUUUUUCGGGAUAACGCAAUGCUGCACCAGGUUAUCAUUGAUGGGAUAGGCAUCUAUAAUCUGUGCCUUAAAAGUGAUUUUUUGUCAAGUGGGUUUCUUCAUUCGUCUCUUUAUGUGUUACUGGAGAAUCUUAUUUGCUCAAACUUCCAAAUCAGACGUGCGUCGGAUGCUGUCUUACAUGUCAUUGCAGCUACAUCUGGCUAUCUAACGGUUGGCCACUUGGUUUUGGCAAAUUCAGACUACGUAAUCGAUUCGAUAUGUCGGCAGCUGCGUCAUCUGGAUCUUAAUCCUCAUGUUCCAAGUGUUCUUGCAGCCAUUCUGUCAUAUAUAGGUGUGGCCCACAAAAUUUUACCAUUAAUGGAGGAGCCGAUGCGAUCUAUUUCACAGGAACUUGAGAUUCUUGGCAGGCAUCAGCACCCUGAGCUGACCAUUUCCUUCUUGAGGGCAGUGGCGGAAAUUGCAAAGGCUUCAAAGCUCGAGGCUUGUUCACUGCCCUCUCAAGCAGAGUUAUACCAUAAACAUGUGAAGUCUGAAUUGUCUGACGUGGAAAGGGAAACAAUGAACCGUUCGGGCUGUUCAGUAUCAUGUUUCGACGAUGGCAUUCUCUCGAGUCCUGAAGAAUGUGAGGUGGCUGCUCCCCCUGGUCAUGUUGAUAAGCAUAGGGAGCAAUGGGAGCGCAUUUUUUUCAGACUGAAGGAGUCCAAGAGCUACAGGCAAACUGUUGGAUCUAUUUCUAGUUCGUGUAUCGUAGCUGCUACUCCUCUACUUGGUUCGAUGAAGCAAACAGCAUGCUUGGUAGCCUUGCAAAUAGUUGAGGAUGGGAUCAUGGCACUUGCUGAAGUGGAAGAAUCGUAUAGGCAUGAGAUGAAAACCAGAGAGAUCCUUACACAAGCUUUACAAUCAUAUUCACUGGAUGAUCUUGCAGAUACCGUGGAGGCAGAAAGCGAUGGAACGGAAGAAAACAGGCUACUCCCAGCAAUGAAUAAAAUUUGGCCCUUCCUGAUUGCCUGUAUCAGGAAUGGGAAUCCACUGGCGACUAGAAGAUGUGCUGGUGUGAUGAGUAGAGCAGUGCAAAUCUGUGGAGGGGAUUUCUUUUCUCGCCGCUUCCACACAGAUGGAUCCCAUUUGUGGAAGCUCUUAAGUGCCUCCCCGUUUCAGAAAAAGAAAGAAAGAAGAGUGUUACAACUUCCUUACAGAAGCGGUUCAGAGGAGGAUGGAAGGGCGGAGAUUUCUGAUUUGAAGGUCCAGGUGGCAGUGCUGGACAUGAUCGCUGAGAUAGCCGGAAACAAAAAGAGUGCUUCGGCUUUGGAAUCUGUAUUCAAGAAGGUGUGUGGGGUUGUAGUAGGGAUUGCAUGUAGUGGGGUUGGUGGGGUUGGAGAUGCAUCUGUGAAUGCCCUCAGAGGGCUUGCUACAGUUGAUCCUGAUCUUAUUUGGCUCCUUUUGGCUGAUAUUUAUUACUCCAAAAAGAGGGAAGGUAUUGAAGAAGCAGCAGCCAUGGCAGAUUUGCCACAACUUGUGCCACCAGCCUUGUCAUCUCCCAGGUGGUCCUACCUUUAUGUUGAAUACGGUGGGCAGAGGUAUGGUUUUGACAUGGACUUGAGUGCAGUAGAAAGUGUUUUUAAGAAACUGUAUGAUAUCUGAAUAUCGUUAGCAUCAGUAAAGUUGGCAGUAAGAGCAUGAGGUUUUAAGAGGAGAAGGUAUAGUUAAAAUGGGAUGUUUUAACUUGAGAUUAUAUAUGGAAUGGAGCAUGUAUUAAUUAUGGUAUAAUUGGUAUGUUGAUGUUUGGUAGGUCACCCCCCUCUUAUCAAAUCCAUU